UAACGGGCCGUGCCGAGCCUGCUGUCCUGGGAGGGGCGGGGCCGGCGCCCCUCGGCGCGAGGCGCCAUAGAGCGGGGACGGAGGACUCGGGUCCUAGACGCGUCCGGAAGUGGCUUCCUUCGGCGCCGCUCGGCACCAUAGAGCUGGGGGGCUGCGGCCAGGGGUCGCGGAGCCCUCCUGCCUAGAGCGGCGAGGACGGGGUGGCGGCCCGGGCGGAGGGGCAGGGGAGGGGGAGCGGCGCGGGCGGAAGCGGCCGGGAAGGUCACUUCCGGCCUGGGCGCCCGUCCCCCUGACCCCAGGGUCUGAGUCGCCGCUGCCGCCGCUGCCACCAUCCGCGAGGCAGGCGCGAGGAGGAGGAGUGCGGCGCGGUGGCCCCGGGCCGGAGGAGGGACGUAGACAUGGAGCUUCGGGAAGAGGCCUGGUCUCCAGGGCCACUGGAUUCUGAGGACCAGCAGAUGGCCAGUCACGAGAACCCAGUGGACAUACUCAUCAUGGAUGAUGACGACGUCCCCAGCUGGCCCCCGACCAAGCUCUCCCCGCCCCAGUCUGCACCCCCGGCCGGGCCCCCACCCAGGCCACGGCCGCCCGCCCCCUACAUCUGCAACGAGUGCGGCAAGAGCUUCAGCCACUGGUCCAAGCUGACACGGCACCAGCGCACGCACACGGGCGAGCGGCCCAACGCCUGCAGCGACUGCGGCAAGACCUUCUCGCAGAGCUCGCACCUGGUGCAGCACCGGCGCAUCCACACGGGCGAGAAGCCCUACGCCUGCUCCGAGUGUGGCAAGCGCUUCAGCUGGAGCUCCAACCUCAUGCAGCACCAGCGCAUCCACACCGGCGAGAAGCCCUAUGCCUGCCCCGACUGCGGCCGCAGUUUCACGCAGAGCAAGAGCCUGGCCAAGCACCGGCGCUCGCAUAGCGGCCUCAAGCCCUUUGUGUGUCCGCGCUGUGGCCGCGGUUUCAGCCAGCCAAAGAGCCUGGCGCGCCACCUGCGGCUGCACCCCGAGCUGUCGGGGCCUGGUGUGGCCGCCAAGGUGUUGGCAGCCAGUGUGCGCCGCGCUAAGGCGCCGGAGGAGGCAGCGGCGGCAGACGGCGAGAUCGCCAUCCCGGUGGGCGACGGCGAGGGCAUCAUCGUGGUGGGCGCGCCUGGCGAGAGCGCCGCGGCUGCCGCAGCUAUGGCCGGCGCAGGGGCACGGGCGUCCGGGCCGAGGUCACGGCGCGCCCCGGCUCCCAAGCCUUAUGUGUGCAUGGAGUGCGGGAAGGGCUUCGGGCAUGGGGCUGGGCUUCUGGCCCACCAGCGGGCUCAGCACGGGGACGGGCUGGGGGCGGCGGGCGGCGAGGAGCCUGCGCACAUCUGUGUGGAGUGUGGCGAGGGCUUCGUGCAGGGCGCUGCGCUCCGCAGACACAAGAAGAUCCACGCUGUGGGCGCGCCCUCGGUCUGCAGCAGCUGCGGACAGAGCUUCUACCGGGCUGGCGGGGAGGAUGAGGACGAGGACGCAGCCUCCGGCGGGCGCUGCACCGAGUGUCGUGGCACAGAGGGCCGGUAGGGGCGGGGGCGCCCGGGGGGGAGCAGGGCCCCUCGGGCUUGGCGGGGACGACAAGACCUGGAGGCCAGGGAGAAAUGGACAGAGGGGUGCGACCGGUGGCAUCCUCGUCUCCUGCCCCUGCUACUCGGCCUGCGCUGUCUUGGUGCGAGAGGACCUGUGGGCAUUAGGGCAAGAUGGUUUCUCAAGGUGCCCGCUGGCUCUCCCAACCCUGCCCUUUCUAGGUUCUCCGCCAGAGCUAGACAAUGUGAGAACUGUAGAGGUCAAGAGGCCAGACCCUCACGCAAGAGGCUGCCCCUCUCUUCCCACACUGUCUGGGAUGUUGUAAGGGAUGGAGGGAAGUCUGGCCUUUUGUAUUUAGAGGGUCCCAGAAAGGCGAGGGGAGAGGGGCCCUUUGCCCUCUUAGAAUUUUCUUUUAAUCAUACCCCUUACCCCCUCCCAUCCACUAUUUUUUCUGCCCUUCGAGUCCUAUUGAUUUUAUAGCCCAGGUUUUCCUCCUGCUCCUGGGUGUGGGGUAGCAGAGGAGUGAAGCAGAAGGAGACCCUACACCCAGGGUAGCCCCCUUCAGAGGAUGGGGUGCGCUGUCUGUUCUCUGGCGUGGGCAGGUGGAAGAAGGGGUGUGAGGGCAAUAAAUCACACUAUUCGAUUGUC